AUGCCACCAUCACCACAGACAGUUUUCGCAUCUCAGACCAGACUGCAGUCCACACUCCGGCUGCUGAUUCCGCGCCUGCGACUUCUCCAGAAGAAAGACACGGCUUCAUCGGUGGCCCAGCGCCGGGAGCUGGCGCAGCUGCUGGACAAUGGCCGCGAAGCCUCCGCCCGCAUCCGCGUGGAGAACGUGAUCGCCAAUGACAUCGCCGUCGAGGUGAUGGAGAUGAUUGAAUUAUACUGCGAACUUCUGCUCGCCCGCGCGACGGUGCUGGAUCAGAUCGCAUUCUCGGAGAAGGGUGCGCGUGCGCGAAGCAAGGCCAGAGAGACGGUCAAGGCGGAGAGUGGUGCGACGGAGAGCCGCGGUCUGGGGCUGGGGUUCUCGAGAUCGUUUGGCCGAUCGACAGAUCAGAAACAGGACGACCCGGCAAAGUCAAAGCAAACGGAGUCUACUGCUGGCGAGCAGGAGGAGGAGGGUGAGUUCUAUAUUGACCCCGGUCUGGACGAGGCUGCUGCUGCGAUCUUCUACGCGUGGCCCCGGUUCCCGCGAGAAGUGCGCGAAUUGACGACGCUUCGCUCGCUGCUGGUCGAUCGCUGGGGGAGGGAUUUUGCGGCCCUGGCACAAGAUAACAAGGCGGCAGUCAAGGUUCCCGAGAGACUGGUCAAGCGACUCCGGGUGCGCCCGCCACCGCCGGAGCUGGUAGAAAGCUAUCUGAGAGAGAUUGCCAAAGCGUAUGGCGUUGCGUGGCCUAAGGAAGAAGCGACUGCGGAGGACAAGAAGGAGACGUUGGACAAACCACCGGACUACCCAGGCGACGGCGAUGUCGCUGAAGGGGAUGAAUCUCAGCGGCAGCAACGAGAAUCCCCAUCUACGCCUCAAAAGGCCAACCUGGCAGAGAUAAGACGAGCCUCCGAGGCGGACGAGCUCAGCAGAGUGACACCACCACGAGACAUCGGACCUCAUGACGUGACGGGGAGGAGCCCCGUCAGCGUGGCACCGCCAGGGCCGAGCAGCGACAACCCGAACCCGAGGGUGAAGAUCCCCGGCGAGCAGAAUGCUGCGGCAACAGUUCAGCCAGCGUCUCCACCGAGAAAGGACAGCAAAGGGAUACCGGAUGUAGAUGAACUGGCAAGGCGAUUUGCGGCAUUAAAGCGAUAG